UCCUGCUCUACUCCCCGCUGCCUGGGAGUUGGGAUCCGCACAACGAGCCCCGAGCCUCGGCGACGACAACGUCCAGACCGCCGCCGCCCCUCCAACCACAAGCUGAACCGACUUCCAGCCCCCGGACAGACAACUUGCAGCCAUGGAGGAGCGCACGCGCGUUUCCGUUUGGCUGCCACUUCUCGCGGCGUGCGUGGUGUUCGGGGUGAGAGGCGACUACUGUGAGGUGAACGUGUGCAGUAAUGGCGGAACCUGUGUGACUGGAGCGGGAGCUCCGUUCAUCUGCAUCUGCCCCGAUGGCUUCUCUGGAGAAACCUGCAACGAGACCGAGACUGGGCCCUGCAACCCCAACCCGUGCAAGAACGAUGCCGCCUGCGAGCAUACGGGCCAAUCGCGCCGCGGUGACGUCUUCAGCGAGUACGUCUGCAAGUGCCAGCCGGGCUUUGAUGGAGUCCAUUGCCAGAACAGUAUCCAAGGGGCAGAUUUAAGUGCCAUCAAAGACAUAAACGACUGUGCCGGCCAGCCAUGUGAGAACGGUGGCACCUGCAGGGACCUGGAUGGAGCGUUCAAAUGCCACUGCCCUUCCCCGUACGUGGGCAAACAUUGCCAACUGCGCUGCAUUUCUCUGCUCGGCAUGGAGGGCGGGGGCAUCGCCGAGUCCCAGAUCUCGGCCUCAUCGGUCCGCUACAGCCUGCUGGGCCUGCAGCGCUGGGGGCCGGAGCUCUCCCGCCUCCACCACAAGGGACUGGUCAACGCCUGGAGUGCUGCUGCACAUGACAGGAACCCGUGGAUAGAGGUCAACAUGCAGAGGAAAAUGCGCUUCACAGGCAUCGUCACUCAAGGUGCCAGUCGCAUCGGAACAGCUGAGUUCAUCAAGGCGUUCAAGGUGGCCUCCAGCCUGGAUGGCAAGACAUACACCAUGUACAGAACGGAGGGACAGCGGAAGGACCAAGUAUUCGUGGGAAACGUGGACAACGACGGCACCAAGACCAACCUGUUCGACCCCCCGAUCAUCGCUCAGUACAUCCGCAUUGUCCCUGUGGUGUGCCGCAAGGCCUGCACCCUGCGCAUGGAGCUGGUGGGCUGCGAGCUCAACGUGUAUUCAAACACUCCAGGUUGUUCAGAGCCGAUGGGCAUGAAGUCCCGACUGGUGUCUGACCGUCAGAUCACAGCCUCCAGCACGUUCCGCACCUGGGGCAUCGAGGCCUUCACCUGGCACCCGCACUACGCCCGACUGGACAAACAGGGCAAGACCAACGCCUGGACCGCCGCCACCAACAACCGGUCCGAGUGGCUGCAGGUGGACCUCCAGUCCCCUAAGAAGAUCACAGGAAUCAUCACACAGGGGGCCAAAGACUUUGGCGCCAUCCAUUUUGUCAUGGCCUUCAAAGUGGCCCACAGCGACGACGGGCAGUCGUGGACCAUCGUGAGGGACGAGACCACGAACGCGGACAUGAUCUUCCCAGGCAACAGCGACAACAACGUCCACAAGAAGAACCUCUUCGAGCCGCCGUUCUACGGCCGAUAUGUUCGCAUCCUGCCGUGGGAGUGGCACGAGCGCAUCACCGUGCGAAUGGAGCUGCUGGGCUGUGACGAGUAGCACUGCCCCGUGCCCCCCACCCUCCUCCUCCUCCUCCUCCUCUUCCUCUCUCUACCUCCUACCCCACCUCCUCUUGCCUCUCUGUCCCUUGUCCCUCCUGAGCCACACCUGCACUGCCUUGCUCUCAGCCCUAGGGGGCAGCAGACACCAGAGUAGCACCUCACCACCCCCAGCUCUGGCUGGCUGGAGGUGGGAGACGUUACCCCCCCCCCCCUACACCACUGUCACCGGGGUUUGCUGACAGAAAAAACGAACCAAUCUGUGUUCACUUCAAAAAGUGACACUGUAUCUUUGUUACUAAGCAGAUCCCUGUGUCAGAGGUCGGGGGUAACGAUACUGCUGCUGGAUCAGUUGGUGCUGCCUGAUCCUAGAUCAGUUCUACCUGACCGUCGAACCUCCAAGACCCACGGCUGGUGAUGUACAUAAGCUCCGUCUAACAGCUUGCACAUGCCCUAUAACCGAACACUUGAUCUUCCCCCAACACAAACAGAACAUAUAUAUAUAUAUAUAUUAUCUUUAGGUGAUACAGUAGAUUCUUUUUCAUUUUGAGACAGUUUUUGUGUUUGUUGAGAAAGAAGAAGAAAAAAAGAAUAGACUAAAGAUCUUAACCUUUUGUGCGUGCUUCGGUAUUCUCAGUAUUUUCCUGUUUCAUAUUUAGUUUUUUGAAGUUUUGUGCCAAACACACCCUCAGGUUUUAUUGUUCCUGCGGGUUCAUGUAGAAAAACACAGUACGGUGCACUGACGCGGAUCCACACAAAACAAACCGGAGGUCAAAUACAUUGUCAUAGUCGUUGUGGAACAUAAUCUUUCAGUGAACCAUCACGGUCAGUCAGCUUAACAGGUUUGAUCUUGGAGUCAAAGGAGACGACCUCGUCGACAGGCGGGAUGUAACGAUCAAAGGACAAAUUGAGUUCAAAAUGAUUGUUUAGAGAAAGAAGAAGAAGAAAAAAAAGAAAAAGACGUGAGAUUCCCACGUGCUGCUGCCGUGAGCUGGCGUGAAAUCUUCAGCCAUAUAAGGACAUUUUUCACAACAGUUCAUGUUUGGAAGUCCAACAUAACUCAUUUCUGAAAACGGUUUCACCUUUGAUAGUAACUUUAUUUGGUCGAUUGAUUGCAAUUUUGGCAAUUUGCAGUUAUUACAGUAUUCAUACAUUGGUUGAUACAGCAUAUUUCAUUCAAAAAACAUCACUUUCAUGCUCAGGCUCUUUGCAGUGGAGUGACUCCCACAGGAAGCUCGUGUUGAUCUCUCUCACCGUCUUUAUUCUCGGAACAACUUCGCAGCUGCUCACUUCGAAUCCAUUUCCUUUUUUAGGAUUUUUCAAAUGACAGCUACGUCUCACAUAUCAAUAGUCAUCCAAAAGUUGGUGUGCGUCACCUGUUGGUUGUCAUCAUCAAAUGAGAGCUAACAAUCGUGCAGAUGGCGCGAGUUUAAAACUAGCGGUGGACGUCUCAGGUCGUCGACGCAGAUCUGCUCCUAACGUACAGCAAAUGCUACUGAAACGCUACUAACCCACUCACUCGGCCGUGCUUCGAGUCGUGUUCACCCCGUUUCACUUUUUUACGGCACUUUGAUGUAUGUGUUUUGAUAUUUGAAAUAUAAAAAAACAACAAAACGAAAAAAAACAACAACAGUAUUGUGCUUUAAAGAACAAGCCGUAAGCAUAGUCAUUAUUAAAUGUAGAGGUCACAAAUAAAUACACAAGAAAAUAUUAUUGCAGUUCAGUUUCUUUGUUAAGCUGAGUUUUGAAAGUCUGGGGGAAUCCCUUGCUUUGGUUGUUUGUUGUUGACGUGUUCAUGUAUAUAUACAGUACAUUUGUACUGGAAUCCGUUCAUAUUAGCGGAUGGUAAUGUUUGCGGCGGACCAUUUAUUCAGGGUCCAACAUUUUGCCUCCAGUUCAAAGCUGUGGUCCCGCUGAUAAGACUUGAGAGAGAAACCAAAUUAAAGCAGAUUUUUACGGUUCCACUGGACAUGUGACAUGACCCCCCCCCACCCCGUCACAGUAUUCUAAACCUCUCCGCCCCAUGAAUUAUGAAUUAUGGGCUUGUGCAAUAUUAUACUGUCAGUUUCGAUAACAAUGAAUAUUAAUUCGAGAUCCUUAAAAAAUGCAUGAGGGAGGAUAGCGGUGUCAUCGGGAGGCUGAGGCUGGAUGUUGCUGUCAAACACUGUACAAUAUUUAUUAUUGUCGCAGACGAUCCCUUGUCCCCCGUGUUCUCCACGUCUGCAUGCUUUCCAUGGACUGGUGCGGCUCAACUGAAGUUGAACCCAUCAAAAUCUGUCGGUGACAUAGCUCCACUUUUUUUCUAGAUGUUCAUCGACAUUCAACUAUUGUAGACCUCUCGUUUGCCCGCUGUUCGGGUUUUCUAUGACCGAUUGGAGAAAAAAAUAAAAUAAAAAAAUAGAUGAUACUUAUGUGUACUAUGAGUUUGUUUCUCGCAAAUUUUGACUGGAUUUGGAUUUUUUUUUUAAUUAUUAUUAUUAUUCCAGCAGUGUGUUUCUAAGAGGUUUCCUUUAUGUUUGGCCUUUGUAUCAUAAAUGAAGAAUAAAUAAAGAGUUGAAAAAAGA